AUGACGUGUUGUGAGUGCUUAAGAUGCUGUGGGAGGAGAGACCCAAGGCCUCGUACUGUUUGGCUUGGCCAUCCAGAGAAGAGAGACCAGAGAUACCCUCGCAAUGUGAUCAACAAUCAGAAAUACAACUUUUUCACAUUUCUUCCUGGGGUGUUGUUUAACCAGUUCAAAUACUUCUUCAACCUUUAUUUCUUGCUUUUGGCCUGCUCUCAAUUUGUUGUUGAAAUGAGGCUUGGCGCACUUUACACAUACUGGGUUCCUCUGGGUUUUAUUCUGUCUGUUAGUACAGUUAGAAAAAGGACUGUGAAGGUGAAGAGCUCUAAUAUACAAGUAGGCGACCUCAUCAUUGUUGAAAAGAACCAGCGGGUCCCUGCUGACAUGAUCUUCCUGAGGACAUCGGAGAAGAAUGGGUCUUGCUUCCUUCGCACUGACCAGCUGGAUGGUGAGACAGACUGGAAAUUGCGGCUGCCUGUUACCUGUACUCAGAGACUGCCAACUGCUUCUGACCUACUGCAAAUUCGAUCCUAUGUGUAUGCAGAAGAACCCAAUAUCGAUAUACAUAAUUUCGUGGGGACCUUCACAAGGGAGGACAGUGACCCUCCAGUAAACGAAAGUUUAAGCAUAGAAAACACCCUAUGGGCCAGCACAGUGAUUGCAUCAGGUACUGUUGUGGGAGUUGUCCUCUACACUGGAAGGGAGCUGCGCAGUGUGAUGAAUACUUCAAACCCAAGAAGUAAGAUUGGUCUUUUUGAUUUGGAAGUGAACUGUCUUACCAAGAUCCUGUUUGGGGCUCUUGUGGUGGUCUCGCUUGUCAUGGUGGCCCUUCAGCACUUUGCUGGCCGUUGGUAUCUUCAGAUCAUAAGAUUUCUCCUUCUGUUCUCAAACAUCAUUCCCAUUAGUUUACGUGUGAACCUGGACAUGGGUAAAAUUGUCUACAGCUGGGUAAUCCGCAGAGAUUCCAAAAUCCCUGGGACUGUGGUUCGGUCCAGCACUAUUCCUGAGCAGCUGGGGAGGAUAUCCUAUUUGCUUACAGACAAAACAGGAACUCUUACACAGAAUGAGAUGGUCUUCAAGCGACUUCACCUGGGAACCGUAGCUUACGGCCUGGAUUCCAUGGAUGAAGUGCAGAGCCACAUAUUCAGUAUAUACACGCAGCAAUCUCAGGACCCACCUGCCGUGAAGGGCCUUACCUUAGCCACCAAGGUGCGUAAAACCAUGAGCAGCCGAGUGCAUGAGGCGGUGAAGGCAAUCGCGCUGUGCCACAACGUGACACCGGUGUACGAGUCCAACGGGGUGACAGACCAGGCUGAAGCCGAGAGACAUUAUGAGGACUCCUGCAGGGUGUACCAGGCCUCCAGUCCUGAUGAGGUGGCCCUGGUACAGUGGACAGAGAGCGUGGGUUUAACGCUGGUGGGCAGAGACCAGUCCUCCGUGCAGCUGAGGACACCGGGUGGCCACAUCCUGAACUUCACCAUCCUCCAGAUCUUCCCCUUCACUUACGAGAGCAAGCGCAUGGGGAUAAUUGUUCGGGAUGAAUCAACAGGAGAGAUCACCUUCUACAUGAAGGGGGCUGAUGUGGUGAUGGCUGGCAUCGUGCAGUACAACGACUGGCUGGAAGAAGAGUGUGGUAACAUGGCUCGGGAAGGCCUGAGGGUUCUUGUCGUAGCCAAGAAGUCUCUGACGGAAGAGCAGUAUCAAGACUUUGAAGCACGCUACGUCCAGGCGAAGCUAAGCGUGCACGACCGCUCCCUGAAGGUAGCCACAGUCAUUGAGAGCCUGGAAAUGGAGAUGGAGCUGCUCUGUCUCACCGGCGUGGAGGAUCAGCUGCAGACGGACGUCAGACCCACUCUGGAGACGCUGAGAAAUGCUGGCAUUAAGGUGUGGAUGCUGACAGGGGAUAAGUUAGAGACAGCCACGUGUACAGCCAAGAAUGCACAUUUGGUGACACGGACACAGGACGUCCAUAUAUUCAGACUAGUGACGAACCGUGGAGAAGCCCAUCUAGAGCUGAACGCCUUCCGCCGGAAACACGACUGCGCUCUUGUUAUUUCUGGCGACUCGCUGGAGGUGUGUCUGAAAUACUAUGAGUAUGAGUUCAUGGAGCUGGCUUGCCAGUGCCCUGCCGUCGUGUGCUGCAGAUGCGCUCCGACACAGAAGGCCCAGAUUGUGCGAUUGCUCCAGGAAAGGACCGGCAAACUCACCUGUGCAGUAGGUGAUGGAGGGAAUGAUGUUAGCAUGAUUCAGGAGGCUGACUGUGGUGUUGGAGUUGAAGGAAAGGAAGGAAAGCAGGCAUCCCUUGCAGCUGAUUUCUCUAUCACUCAGUUCAAACAUCUGGGUCGUUUGCUAAUGGUACAUGGAAGGAACAGUUACAAACGGUCUGCAGCUCUCAGUCAGUUUGUAAUCCAUAGGAGCUUGUGCAUCAGUACAAUGCAGGCUGUUUUCUCAUCAGUAUUUUACUUUGCUUCAGUUCCUCUCUACCAAGGCUUUCUCAUCAUUGGGUACUCCACAAUUUACACGAUGUUUCCAGUGUUUUCUCUAGUCCUGGACAAGGAUGUUAAAUCUGAAGUUGCAAUGUUGUAUCCAGAGCUCUACAAAGAUCUUCUUAAGGGACGACCGUUAUCAUACAAAACAUUUUUAAUAUGGGUCUUAAUAAGCAUCUAUCAAGGUAGCAUCAUCAUGUAUGGAGCACUCCUCCUCUUUGAAUCUGAAUUUGUCCACAUCGUUGCUAUUUCCUUCACGUCCUUGAUUCUCACCGAGUUACUGAUGGUGGCGUUGACGAUCCAGACGUGGCACUGGCUCAUGAUAGUGGCUGAGCUGCUUAGCCUUUCCUGCUACAUAGCUUCUCUGGUCUUCUUACAUGAGUUUAUUGAUGUUUACUUCAUUGCAACUUUGUCGUUCUUGUGGAAAGUCACCGUCAUCACUCUGGUGAGCUGCCUUCCCCUCUACGUCCUGAAGUACCUGAGGCGAAGGUUUUCUCCCCCAAGCUAUUCGAAGCUCACAUCCUAG